CCGACUCGCUCCCGGCCACCUCCAGCCAGCCCGGCGGCCGCCGGCCGGGCGCGCUCGCCCCGCGGCCCCGCGCAUCCCAUCCCAUCCCAUCCCAUCCCGGCAGGAAUUCUCCGUGCCCACGGGAAGCUGCCGGCCGUGGAGCGGAGGCUGGAGCUGCUCUCUAAAGCCGGCCGGCAACUCCGGGGUUUGAUCGCGCCCGCCGCUUUCCGCCUCUGCCGCCGUUGUGGGGUCACCCCCUCCCGCCGCCGCCUCGUUUCGCGGAAGGAAAGAUUUCACCCGUUCAAAAGUAGAGAUUUCGCUGAGUGGGGAGGGGUGGUUUUUUUUCUCUUUUUUUCCGCUUUUUUAAUUUUUAUUUUUCUGCUGUCGCCGGUGGUUUUGGGUUUCUGUGUGCGCGGCGGGCUCCAUCCCGCAGGACGAGGGGGAGAAAAGCCGUGUUUGCCAAAGCAGCUUUCCACCUGCUGCGGUUCAAAUAUUGUUAAGCAGCCGGUUCCUGUGGCCGAAUUAGAGGAAGACUGCCUGAGAUACUGAGAAAAAAAAAAAAAGAGAAUUGGCAACGAGCGCCGAAGUUGUUGCAGACUGUUGGUUUGACUGCUGAGGAGGACGUGAGUGGGAGAGAGAGAGCGCUGUUGCACACACAAAACCACAGAGAGAACCCACAAUUUAACCAACAUCCCCAACCCCGAGUUUGCAGCUGUUGGACCUCUCAGCUCCGGCGCUUGCGAUCGGCUGUGACUUUUCUUUAAAUUAAUGAAAGGCGUUAUACCAAAGAUUGAGGCUUGAAGCUUGAAUGCCAUGCACUGAGCUUUUCUUUUCUUUUUUUUUCUUUUUUUUUUUUUUUCCUUUUUGCGCAAGAAUGAUUGAAAGGUCAUGACACGAGCGCUCUUAGAGCAACGACAAGCAAACUACUGAAGCUCAUUUUCAAGGCUGCUUUAAAAAAAAAAAAAAGAAAAGAAAAGGAAAAAGAAAGCUGGCGGAGAACAUUAAUGGAUUCCUGUUGUGUUUAAAUUCUCUACAGAUUCUAUUGUAAAUAUUUGAUGAAGUCCGGUAGAUGUGCGUGUGCGUGAGUGUGUGGCCGUGAAUUUCUAUCCAGUUGUAGCCAGCUGACCUUUGCUCAGCAAGCCGAGCUCUCGAUCCGCCUCCUCCGAGGAACAGCCCCGAAUUUCCCUCCAAGAGCGAUUUUUGCCUCCAGAAGACGCCGGCGCCUUUUGGUUUCUCUUGGGACCGGAGAGAAAUCACCUGGAAGGACCUGGGCAGCGCAGGCUCUGCGCGUGUUUCCGACCGCCUCAGUGCUUGCUCGCCUCCCUGUUUUUACUUUUUCCGGCCACUUUGGGAUGAGCUUUGGCCCCGCUCCCUUUCCGCGUCCCGGCCGCGGUAAAGCCGCACGACCCUCGCGUUUAUCGGAUUAACGGGAUCUGUUCCGCCGGGCCGGGAAGCCGAGAGUUCAGGCUAUCAGCAAAAAAAUAAUUAACUCGGGGGACUGGCGCAGCACCAACUUCUCCUCGGAGCGGGGGCUCAGCCCGCGCCCGUUUAUGUUGGUCCCCAGAGAGCGGCUCGCUGAGGAGUUGCGCUCGCGUGGCCGCUUUGUAGGAACUCAGUGGAGGUGUUGUGUGGCUCUAAAGGCUUGUUGUGAUGCGUAUCCCCGUAGAUACCAGCACCAGCCGCCGCUUCACGCCGCCCUCCACCACGCUGAGCCCGGGGAAGAUGAGCGAGCCGCUGGCGCUGCCCGGCGCCGAGCACAGCGGGGCUUUGCCGGGGAAGCUGCGCAGCGCCGACCGCAGCAUGGUGGAGGUCCUGGCGGAUCACCCCGGGGAGCUGGUGCGCACCGACAGCCCCAACUUCCUCUGCUCCGUGCUGCCCACGCACUGGCGCUGCAACAAGACGCUGCCCAUCGCCUUCAAGGUGGUGGCCCUGGGGGACGUCCCCGACGGGACCCUGGUGACGGUGAUGGCCGGGAAUGAUGAGAAUUACUCGGCGGAGCUGCGCAACGCCACGGCCGCCAUGAAGAACCAGGUGGCGCGCUUCAACGACCUGCGCUUCGUGGGCAGGAGCGGCAGAGGGAAAAGCUUCACUCUGACUAUCACAGUCUUCACAAACCCUCCCCAAGUAGCCACGUACCACAGAGCCAUCAAGAUCACAGUGGAUGGACCUCGGGAACCCCGAAGACAUCGCCAGAAAAUAGAUGAGCAGACAAAGCCCGGCAGCUUGUCCUUUUCUGAGCGCCUGAGCGAGUUGGAGCAGUUGCGUCGCACGGCCAUGAGGGUCAGCCCACACCACCCAGCCCCCACACCCAACCCUCGAGCCUCCUUGAACCACAGCACAGCUUUUAACCCUCAGCCUCAGAGUCAGAUUCAGGACUCCCGGCAGGUGCAGCCCUCGCCGCCCUGGUCCUACGACCAGUCCUACCAGUACCUGGGCUCCAUUGCCACGCCCACCGUGCACCCGGCCACGCCCAUCUCACCUGGCCGGGCCGGCGGCAUGACCUCACUCACGGCCGAGCUCUCCAGCCGCCUCUCGGGGGCGUCCGACCUGACGGCGUUCAGCGACCCCCGGGUGGGCAUCGAGCGCUCCUUCCCGGCGCUGCCGUCCAUCUCGGACCCGCGCAUGCACUACCCGGGAGCCUUCACCUACACGCCCACGCCCGUCAGCUCCGCCAUCGGCAUCGGCAUGUCGGCCAUGCCCACGGCCUCCAGGUACCACACGUACCUCCCGCCGCCCUACCCCGGCUCCUCCCAGGCCCAGGGCAGCCCCUUCCAGACCAGCUCCCCCUCGUACCACCUGUACUACGGCACCUCGGCCGGCUCCUACCAGUUCUCCAUGAUCUCCGGCGGCGAGCGCUCGCCGCCGCGCAUCCACCCGCCUUGCACCAACGCCUCCACGGGCUCCGCGCUGCUCAACCCCAACCUGCCCAACCAGAGCGACGUGGUGGAGGCCGAAGGCAGCCACAGCAACUCGCCCACCAACAUGGCCAGCACGGCCAGGCUGGAGGAGGCCGUGUGGAGGCCGUACUGAGGAUGAGGAGGUCAGGAAGGAGCUCCAGGGUCAGGACUUCACGCACUUCCCAUUGCCCGGCGCCCGGAGGGAUCCCAGAAACUUCCCUGCGGGCCCUGCCGCGUUCAUCCACGAGUUUCAGGAGCAAACCCUUGGGAAGUCAGCGCUCCCAGGGGUGGUGGCUCUCGUUGCCAGGCCCUGGCAAAGGAUUCCCGGCAGGAGAACGAGCUUCUGGGAAGGAGGACGCCCCGGUUGGUGGUGCAGAGGUAGCGAGGGUGGGUAAGAGGGUAUCCAGCCUGAUUCCAGGCCUGUGGCUUCCCAACGUGCCUGGGCUUGAAGGGCUCCACAGCCCUAAAAGAGAGUUUCGGUUCACUUCUAUUUUUAAGACUUAAAACCUUAAAAAAAAAAAACCCAAAAAACAAAAAUAAAUCUUAGUGAGUUUACUGCAUCUUAGGGACAUCUUAAGUGUAAGGAAGUAUAGGAAGAUUCCCAGAGGGAAACUGUGAACGCUUCUGUUUUAGCAAUGCUGUGAAUGAGAGGUUUUAUAUGUUGGACUUCAUUCUUUCUUUUCUUUGUUUUGUUUGUAUAUUCCAAAGAAUAUGGAUUUUUUUUUAUUACUGGGUUUUUUUGUUUUGUUUUGUUUUGGGUUUAGGUUUUUUGGUGUUUUUGGUUUUAUUUCGGUUUUUUUUUUAGGAUGCAGCUCAUCCUGCUUUGCAUCUAAUUUUUUUUUAUUUCUCUUGGCACCUUAUAAAUUGCAAAAAAAAAAAAAGAUUUUGCUCUCUUUUUUGUUUUAAUCAUGCUUGCUUCUUUCUUGCUUUGUCAACUGAAAGAAUCAGCCCCUUUUUCAAUGAGUUAAUUUAACUUUUUAUCUCUUGGAAUUUUUUUUUUUUUUUUAACACAACGGCUACAGCCUUGGGUCAUUUUCAACUACUGUAUUUCUUUGAUGAGUUGAUUGAUAUUUAUGCCUGAUAUUUAGACUUUUCUUAUUUGUUGAUGCUAUUAUUAUUUAAAUAUGCCUAUAUUAAAAAAAAAUAUCAGCAAUUGCCUUUUUUUGGUAGCAGCCAAAGUCAAAUUUCUCACAUUGAAAAAGGCUGGAAUAACGAUGGGCAAAAGUGACCUCUUAAUUCCCUAAAAACAUUGUUUACAAUUAUCUUGCUCUCAUUUUACUCAGCUUAGGUCCUCAAAAGCAUUGAGGUGUCCAGUUCCUGCUGGAAGGCACCAAAAUCCCUGGGAAUUUCUGUACCUUUCCAAGAGGUGGAGUCAUCUCUCCCUCCUCCUGCUUUGUCACCAGUGGUGGCCCUCAGGAUCAGGAAUCAGGACGUAGAUCCUUCCUAAGGCAAAUUCAAUAUUCCCUAAUUAAAUACCUGCCCACUGGAGGGACAGGACACAGGCAAUGGCUCCCACUGCCAGAGGGCAGGGCUGGAUGGGAAUUGGGAAUUAGAAUUGUUCCCUGGCAGGGUGGGAGGCCCUGGAAUAGAAUUCCCGGAGCAGCUGAGGCUGCCCCUGGAUCCUGGCAGUGCCCAAGGCCAGGUUGGAGCAGCCUGGGACAGUGGAAGGGGUCCCUGCCCAUGGCAGUUUUGGUGGAUGAGCUUUAAGAUCCCUCCCAAGCCAAACCAUUCCCUGGUUCUGUGAUUCCCAGGGCAAGGGGGAAGUCCUGGCUCUGAUGGAAUCUGGGUGAGAUUUGCUCCCAGGAUUUCUGUGCAGCACAUAAGCCACGUUCCACUCUGCUGGCAAACACAUCCCUGCCUGGAAGGCUCCAGAAAGGCCAGGGCCAGGACAACCCUUCCAUCUGCAUCUUCUGGGAGAAGAGGGGGGUAUUUAAAGCUGGUGGAGCCAAUGUUGUGCCCUGUAGUAAAUCUACAAGGGUUUUACUAGGAGCAGGUUCAGGAGCCGUCACGGCCGCCCGUCGCCCCAGCACGAACAGGUCAGAUGUCACUGUAACGUUUUUGGCACUAUUUUAUUGAGGGUUUGCUCUGAAUGCAGCUCUUGUACUACUCCUGAACUCCAAACUGCUGAUGUUGACACGUGUGAGUCCCAAAUGAGCUGGUUGUUAUUUAAUGUACCUCUCAAACCAGAGAAACAAUUGCAGGUCAACUCAAGAGAGUAUUUGAAAGCAGGACUUCAGAUCAGUGUUUGAUGUUUAAAAAAAAAGUUUAAAAAGUUAAAAGGAUUCAAAUUAAAAAGAUCCUUGGCUGCAGGCAGCAAAACAGCUGGACUUAUUUAAAACCAUUUGUUUUUCAAGGUUUCUCUUUUUUUAUAUAUAUAUAUGAUUUUGCUUCUUUGUUUGAGUUGGAUGCAGUAGCACUUUGGUAUUGAAAAGAAUCGAAGAAUUUUCACUGUCAAUGAGGUUGUUUUUGUGCAGAAAAUAGGGAGUGUUUCAAGAGAUCUCAGCAAAAGCCCAGAAUGUCUCUGUUAAACCACACAGCCUUGUGCUUUUCAUUUAAUGAAAUAUCCUUUCUAUUUCCAGAGUUUGCUCUGAAAAAAAGACAGAAAACAUCCAAAUUCUAUCAGAAAUAUAUACUGAAAGUCUGGAGAGCCUGCUGAAUACAGAAAUAGAGAGAACCCCCCCAGCUGUAGCGUUUCCAUAGUUGGACUCUCACCUCUUCAGUACCCUAAGAAAAAAGUCCCACAGCACUGAGCAGUAGCUCUGUUGCAGAAUCCAUUUGGCACAUUCUGUGCAAUUCAAACCCUAAUUUAUUGCAGCUCUCAAUUAAAAUGGUAAUUGAUUACAGCUCUCACAUCUGCCUUGUGACUGGACCACCGAAGUUCACAGAGCUGGGAGUGGAAACACAGCAGGGAGGGAGAGGAGAGGAGCUUGGAGGAGCCAGGAAGGGCCAGGUGACCUGGAGAGGGAAUUUUACCAAAAGCAGGGAGUGACAGGAGGAGGAGGAUGGUAUUAAGAUGAAAGAAGGCAGGGUUAGAUGGGAUAUUUGGAAUGAAUUCAUCCCUGUGAAAUUUGUGAGGCCCUGGCACAGGGUGCCCAGAGAGGCUGUGGAUUCCCCAUCCCUGGCAGUGCCCAAGGCCAGGUUGGACACUUGGAGCAGCCUGGGACAGUGGGAGGUGUCCCUGCCAUGGCAGGAGUGACACUGGGUGGGUUUAAGGUCCCUUCCAACCCAAACCAUUCUAUGAUUUGAUGAUUCCAUGAGUUCAGCCCAGUGGCAGAAGUGAGGUUGUUGUGGCCACCAAGGUGAGGUUGUUGUAGCCAUCAAGGUGAGGUUGUUGUGGUCACCAAGGUGAGGUUGUUGUGGCCAUCAAGGCGAGCUCAAUGUGGACACCAAGGUGAGGUUGUUGUGGUCACCAAGGUGAGGUUGUUGUGGUAAAACUUUGCCAGCCAUAUGGGACACCACAACCUCCUUUCUGCCCCCAGAAUUGAAACCCACCCUCCCUGGAAGCUAAAAAACCAGGGAUUCACAGGAACAGGGAGCUGGCAACUCUCAGACCCUAAAUCAAACAUUUCUUAUGUCUGUGCCUCUCCUUUGUCUCCAUUCAUGCUGAAGGUGAGGUUGAAUUUGGCUCUCCUGGUGUGAACAGGAUGAGGAAAUACAGAACUGGUCACCACCACAUUCCCCCGUGUCCUUAUUGACACUUUUCUGGAAUUUCUCAGUGUUUCUCAUGUUUUUAUUGCCAUCAACCAAAUUUUGGAGUCCAGCCUCUCUGGGUAUGUCCAGCACUGCAAAGAAAAGGAAAAGCCAAGUUCAUUACCCCUGGCAAUUAAUCUGUUUACUUAAUCACUGUGGGUUUCAGUGUAUUCACUCAUCAGAAACCAUAUUUUACUCAAAUAUUUGGUUUUGUAGCCAUCACUAAGGAUGGCACAGUUUUUUGAGGCUCUGAAAAUGCUCUCACAUUUUUCCUCUUAUAUUUUAAGAGCAUGUAACAAGCAGAAAAAAAAAAAAAAAAGACAUUUGGAUGAAACAUUUCCCCCAUCCCCAUCUCCAAAUUAGAGUGCAAAAAUAUCUAUUUUUAUAUGGAUAUUAUAUAUAUAUAUAUUUCUAUAGUUUUAACAUCCUGGGAGCUGAAUGGAAUCAGAAAAAUAGAAUUCUUGUGCUUCUGCUCUGGAGCUGCAGUCAGCAGAGUGCUUUAGGUACCUCACCCUCCCAAAACUCAGCUCCUGGCUGUCCUUACUCUCAGCUUGGGUGCUCCUUUCACAAGCCACAGCUCCUUGUCCGUGUCAAAUAUCUUCAACAUAAAUUUUGCUGGCUCUGAGGACAAAUAUUUCCCUCUCCAACAACAUUUAAAUCUAUUUAAGAGUUCCUGCUUGCUCCCAGGGCAUUGGAGAGGAGCUUUAAUGCAGAGAGAAGAAGGUGCAGAGAGCAUCCCUGCUGAGAAGGGUUUGAUUUGUACAAAUUCUCCACCAGGAAUGGAGAGAAAUCCUCUCCUCCAAACAGCCUAUGCCAAAACAUCCCAAAUUUCCUGCUCUCUUCAAACAUUCCCUGCUGCUUCCUGAGUGCCCUUUUCCGUGGCUGUGGUUGAAAUUCAGGGAGGAGUGGACCUGUUUUCUGUCCUCAGAGCAAAACUCUGCCUUGUUUUCCUGCCUUGUUCCAUUUCCCGCUGGGUUUUUGUUCACCUUGCUGGGUCAGUCCCAACCACUGGGCCUUUUUCUCCUUGUCCUUCCAGGUUGCAUCCCCAGAGUUACUUGUAUUUAUGUCUGUAAAUAGAUUUCCAAAGCUUCCUAGCCAAAAUAUUUAGUGCUUGUAAUUACUCUGCAUUUUUCUCUUUUUUUUUUUUUUUCUGUGUUUUUAAUGAACUUACCUUUGUGUUUGCUGAAAUACUGUAGUGAGACUUAUUUCUUUUCCAAAUUAGUUAUUUUUAGGCUUCAAGAGGAACUACAUUUUAUUCACUUUUGUAAACAGUAAUAGCAUGGUCUCUAUCCAACAUCCUUCACUUUUUUGUGGUAGGGGAGAAACAAACGUGCAAAAAAAAAAAAAAAAUCUGUGGGUUAUUUGUGGUAUUUUGGGUUGGACAAUCCCAGCUCUUUUUAAAACCAAAAUUUCAGUGUGAGGUGGUGAGGCUGACGGGGGACACAGCCCCAUCAGAGUGGCACCAAAGGGAAUUUGUUCAGCAUUUUCUGGCUAUGUUUACAAAACAUUUUCCCUUUCACGCUGAACUCUUCCUGAAGGGGAAACCAUCAGCUUGGGGAUUUUUUGGGGGGUUGAUUACCAGGGAUUUUUCUUCCUGGGGAGGGAGGGCAGGGGGUGGCUGCUGAUUUUUGGAACCAGAUAGGAAAAGAGAAUAGAGUAGGUUUUAUUUUUCCCCCACUCCAGGAAUCUCUAGCUAGCCCCCCGGGGUAAAUUCUUGCUGUCCACAGGGAUGGCUGUGUCCAGCACCACAGGAGAAUUCAUUACAACUACCCAGAGCAGCUGGACUGCUGCAGUAGUUCUAAUGAGCACUUUUCCUCCUUUUCUUUCUUUUCUUUCUUUUCUUUCUUUGUACCACAGUUUCCUCUGUAAAUUCAAUAUCAUAAUUAGUGUGAAUGACAAAUAAAAUGUUUGACAAGUA